AUGUCGCUACUGCACCCCAUCUUCGAGGUCAUCAGGGCUCCUGAGCUGUCCAGUUGGGACCAUGCUGCGAUGAUUGAUUGGCAUCGCGAGUGGGAGCGCUACGUGGAGAAGAUGCGCCACCGCUGCACCACCACUGGCGAGACGUUCGAGAACGUUGUUGCCACUGUCAAGGGCUCAGUGAGGCCUAAGACGCUGAAGAACAUGGCUACCUAUGUGUUGAAGAAGCCAGUGGCCUCGGUGACGGAUGCUGACAUCAUGGCGGCCGUCGAGCGUCGA